CUUUCUCUCGUGUCAAUGUUUAUGUUGUUGUAAUCAUCAUUACUGUAAUGCUAGCGAGUGUGUGAAUUGUACAGGUCAACGUGCUAAACAGUUUGUUUUUAAAUUUUAAAUAUUUUAAAGAGGAUUUUUUGUGUACAAUCAUGGUAAAUAAUUCGGUUGACGAACAGGUUUCACAUUUGAUUGCUUUAUUAAACCAGAAUGAUACUUCACUGAAUGCCUUCGUAAGCAAUUUACAGAAACUAACAGCCUUAAUGCGAUCUCCUGAAACAAGAUCUGAUCUAAGAACUGAAUAUUGGAGUCCCAUUGAAAUUCUCGCAAAAGAAGGGAGACAGAUUUUAGUCAAGACUGAUAUAUCUGAAGAUGAAUUAGAUUUUAUAACAGAGCUUUUGCGAUUUCUUAGAAAUAGUUGUGGAGGAUUAUGUGAAAAUCUGAAUUUUGUGCUCAACAACAAUGAAUUAAUUAGCUUUUCUAAGGAAUCAUUGAAAUGUUUUAUACCAAAAGAACAACAGAAAGAAAUAAUUUCUCUGAAGAUUAGUAUUCAGUUGUUUGGAAAUGCUCUUCUUAGCAGUGAACACUCUAAGCCUUUAGUAUGGAGUUAUUUCUUCAGAGAAAAUAUUUUUGGCCAUUUGCUGCAGCAUAAAGAUAUGACAAUCAGAGAGUGUACUUUAAUGGUUUUAUUCAACAGCUUGACAGAUGAAAAUAUUGAAUGCAUUUUUAGCACUGUAGAAGGCCAUAAAAUACUUCUUUCUGUUACUGAUACAUUGCUUAGCAGUCCAAUAGAUUGGGGUGUACUUUUUAUUGAACACUUAUUGAAUCGAGAGGACUUCAUAGAUCGCUGUUAUGCUACUUUGCCUUUAAAAAAUCGGCUUCUUAUUUUAGACAUAAUGGAAGAAAGACUGAAAAAUAUACAAGAUGACCAUUCUUUUUCUAUUCCUGGUGGAUUAAUAGGGUCGCUGAAAAAUCUUUUCUUGCAAAAUAUCACUCAGAUAUGUAAUAUGAAAGAUUCUGAUAUAGAACCAGCAGAAACAGUAAGCAUGCUUGCCAUCUUGUGUUCGGCUUCUAUUUGUGAUGCCUAUGUGUCAAUAUUGCAAAACAGCAAGGAUUUAUUACAAACAACUGUAGAAACUCUAAAAUGUAUUCACCUAUUGGGCAAAGAAGGUGUGAAUGUUUUCUCAUCUAUGCAAGAGCUGAAGCACCAGGUUGAUCCUCAAUUGAGUAAAGACAUUGCUUGCCAUCCUUUGUAUGGAUUCAAGAAAAACUUAAUCAGAUUGAUAGGAAAUGUCUGCUGUGGUUGCAAAGAAAAUCAGGAUUUGGUGAGAAGGUUAGAUGGCAUUCCAUUGAUUCUCGAUUGCUGCAAAUUUGAUGCGAAAAAUCCAUAUAUUACACAAUGGUGUAUACUUGCUAUCAGAAAUCUUUUAGAGAAUAACCUAGAAAAUCAAGCAGUUAUCGCUGGCAUAUCAGCAACUGGCGAAAUUGCUGACACUAAACUUUUGAAUGAAAUGGGUAUUCAAAUCCAUAGUGAAAAUGGGAAGAUCCACUUGAAUUCAUGGCCUUUUGCUUCCAGAAAUUGAAUGUUAUUUCUGCUCAUGUAGUCUUUCCUUUUCAUGACUGUUAUAAAUUUGAAAAUAUGGAUGUGGAUAUGUUUCUAGUGGAAUAUCAUUUUUUAAAACAAUAAGAGAAUAAUGCAAUUUUUAUGGUUCCAUUUCUCAUUUUUUCAUUUUAAAACCAAUAAAAGUGUAAAUAUAUUAAAAAUAGUGAGAUUGUAAAUUUUUGUAUACUUUUAAAGUUUUGUAAUAGUAAUGUCUAUAUAGUUUUGUAUAGUAAUGCUUUUGUAAUGAUAUUUAUCUUGUGAGAAAUUCUAUUAAUUUAAAGAUCAAUAUGAGAUAAAUAGGCUGAGUCAUGUAUCUGUUUUUUAUGGAAAAAUCUAAAUACUGUUUUCUAAAUAUAUUUAACUGAGGUGUUUAUUUAAAAAAAAAUGGGCAAUAUAGAGUAGACAUGACAUAUUUCUACAGAAACAUGGAUUUCAGAAUUUUUGGACUGGAAUUUCAUUUUUCACGAAAUCAAUGAAUUUUCUUUUAUGUAAUAAUUCUACAUUGUUUUUAAUAUCCAGGCUUUUUAUAUACUUUAUUUAUUUUAUUGUUCAAAUAAUCAUACCUAUUUUAUUUCUCUUUAUUAAUGCUCGACAUGAUUCAUUAUUUAAAAUGUUCAACAUUUUUUUUUUCUUUUCAAACCUGCGUCAUGACUGAUUGAAGCAAUCAUAUUCUUUUAGAAAAUUAAAUUUUUCAUUUCAUUGACUUUCUGGAAGAGUAAUUCUCAUUUCUGCAUUGUUGAGUUUUAUUUCAGUUUUUAAAAAAAGGUUUGGCAAUUGUUUUCAAUAGCUUUUUGAAAUUAAACUUUAUAAAGAUACACUUCUUAAAAAAUUGCAGCUGUUUUUGUAGUAAGAUUUUAACAAUCUUACACCAUGCUUUUUUCCCCCCGUCACUUACUUUUUUAUAAAACAUAUUUCUAUGGGGUAAAUAUUCAAACAAAAAAAAUUUAAAAAAUUAAUCUUUAAAUUUUCAAAAUUAUUUGUUUUUUUUAAUCCAUUUUAGUUUAUUUCCAUGCUGUUUUCUGGAGACUGGUGCUUGAACUUGAAUUGUACCUGCUUCUAGACUAGUUUUUUGAAAGAUCAAAUACUGAUUACUAGAAAGUGGCAUGGCAAAAUAUUAUUGAUUUUUAAUAUUUAUCGUAUAUGUAUCAAUAGUUUGAGUAAAGAUUUAUAUUGAUUGAAUUUAUGUAUUUAUUGAAUAUUUUCAAAAUUCAUAAUCAGAGAAAAUACUUUGUAUACCUAUAUUAUUUAAAUCAUACUAUACAAAGAUCUGUGUAAAUAUUCAUUUAUCAUAACACCUCAGGAUUAUGGCCUUGAAGUUUAGAGUAAAUAAAUAAGAAUAGAAUAUUUGAGUCCAUAUUUAAAUGAGAUUUAAUGCUGUAGUUAAAUUGUAGUUCAAAAUCUAUUUAAAUGAUUAUUUAUGGAGAUAAUGUCCAUAUUUUGUAAUAUGCCAAAAAAUAUUUUUAUUUGUAAUCUAAUUUCAUCUUUUUGUUUUGCAAUUUUUUUCAGUUAGUAUAUGGAUAUUUUAAAAAAUAUUUCUAAAUAUACUUUGACAGUUUAAGCUUCUAAGGUCUUUUAAUUUAAUGCAGCAUUGAGUUGUUUGUAUUUUUUCCUUUUUUUUUAUUUCGAUGAAUGAUGAGUUUUUAUCUGCAAUGAAAAUAGAAGUAUUUCAUAUGCAUUUUAUUUAACUUUAAUUAAGUUGUGAAUGAAUUCUUUAUUUGAAGUCAUUGUAUGGUCUCCUUAUCUGUUGAAGAA